AUGUCCAAAUUUAACAUCUCCAACACAACAUUGGGGGCUAAUUGGGACAUGACCCUUACAAUAGACAACCCCAACCUGGUCACAUGGGUUCGUUUCAACCACAUCAGGGGUUCAAUUUCGUACAAAGAUAGCAUCCUCGCGAUAAGCUCCGUCGAGCCAUUCAUGUUGGGAUUGAAGGAACGAAGAACGGUGCGGGUGAAGAUAUCGACGAUGGGGUUGGGGGAAGAGGAUCGUGAUCAUCAGCUGAUGGUGAAGAAGAGGGUUUUGGAUGAAAUGAUGAGCAGGAGACGUGAGAAUGGAGCUGUGCAUUUUAGCAUGCAAAUGUUUGUUUGGGCUACGUAUAGGACUGGUUGGUGGGGGACACAAGAUAUUGUGAUGAGCCCUCAGUGUUUGGAUUUGAAGGUUGGGUUCUCGCGUGGAAUUGGGUUUGGGAGUUGGAUUAGUGGCGGGCCUAUGAUAUGCCCGGUUCCUAUAUUAAUUAAUUGA